GCAACAUGGCACUAACCGUCCAUCUCUCCUGCCUCCUGGUCCUGUUGGUGGAAGGUCUAGCCCAAGGCAUCAAGGACUCCUUCAGAGUCCAGAACUCAGGUCUGGGGCCGCUGGAGCUGAAAGAGGUCUUCACUUUGUUCCAGAUCCAGUAUAACCGAAGUUACUCGAACCCAGCAGAGCAUGCUCGCCGCUUGGAGAUCUUUGCCCAAAACCUGGCCCAGGCUCAGCGGCUGCAGGAGGAGGACUUGGGCACAGCCAAGUUUGGGGUGACUGCAUUCAGUGACCUUACAGAGGAGGAGUUUGACCAGCUGUAUGGGAAUCAGAGGGCAGCUGGAAGGGCCCCGAAUGUGGACAGAAAGGUAGGAUCUGAUGAGUGGGAGGAGUCAGUGCCCUCCACCUGUGACUGGCGGAAGGCGAACGGUGUCAUCUCAUCUGUCAAGGACCAGCACACCUGCUCAUGCUGCUGGGCCAUGGCGGCCGCGGGCAACAUCGAAGCCCAGUGGGGCAUUAAAACCAGACAGCCUGUGGAAGUCUCUGUGCAGGAACUACUCGACUGUGGCCGCUGUGGGGAUGGCUGCAGGGGCGGCUUCGUCUGGGACGCGUACAUAACUGUCCUCAACAACAGUGGCCUGGCUAGCGAAAAGGACUACCCAUUCCAGGGGGCGGUCAGAACCAAGUGCCAGGCUAAGAAGCACAAAAAGGUGGCCUGGAUCCAGGACUUCAUCAUGCUGUCGGACAACGAGCAGAGAAUUGCCCGGUACCUGGCCACUGAGGGCCCCAUCACGGUGACCAUCAACAAGAAGCUACUGCAGAUAUACCAGAACGGUGUGAUCAAGGCCACACCAACCACCUGUGACCCUAAAUAUGUGGACCAUGUUGUCCUGCUGGUGGGUUUUGGUAAGACCAAGUCAGUGGAGGGGAGGCAGGCAAACGUCUCAUGGCAUUCUCAUCGUCACUCCAUCCCAUACUGGAUCCUGAAGAACUCCUGGGGGCCCAAAUGGGGUGAAAAGGGUUAUUUCCGGCUGCACCGAGGGAGCAAUGCCUGUGGUAUCACCAAGUUCCCGAUUACUGCCCGAGUAGAUCAACCAUCUACUAAGAAGCCGCAUGUGGUCUGCCCUCCCUGAAUCCUCACAAUAUCGCUCUCUCCUGCUAUGCCUGCUGCCGCCCUGCUGGCCACCCCCCAAAGUCUUCUCCUGUCCUCCCAACCCUCUGGCUAUGAGCUGAAUAAACAAAGACAAGA